AUGGAUCAGAAAGUUCUUCAAUCAGAAACCCAAAACAAUCACAAACCCAACAACUCUCUCGUAUGGGAUUGUGGAAGCUCACUCUACGACUCUUUCGAGCUCAAAUCCUUCGAACGCCAACUUCACUCUGUCAUUUCUUCUAGAACCCUCUCCAUGCCUCGCUUAUCCGAUCACCACCACCUGCCACCACUUCCGCCGCCGCAACAACCACCACAACCCAUCUCCAAAAAAUCCUCAAAAUUUUCUCGGUUGUUUCACAAACUUCUUCGAUCCAUUUUCGGGCCCAAACAAGCGAAAGCAGGAUCGCAAGAUCCAUUUUUUGCUCUGUUCGACGGGUCGGGCCCACUUUCGACCAUUUCAGAAGUGCCGGAGAGUGGCAGCAGCGACAGGAUUUCGCCGGAGUUUAAGUUGGUGGCAGUGGCAGUGGUGAUAAGAAAGUCAACCCCAAUUAUGUCUGUUUUUAGAAUGUUGUUAAUUAUUAUUUAA